AGAAACUACCAAUCGAUCGAUUUAUAGUCUUUGAAAGUGUCAACAACAUGCAAAAUAAGGAUCACCUGUCCGCAUUUGCAUAAAGUAGUUCCGGAGCUUCUUCUUGCGUGACGGUGAUGGUGGUGUGGCACGGCACGCUGGGAGUUUGCUGUGUUACGACAUGAUUUUAGAGUCAAAAGUCUACAAUAUGACAGGAAGCUGACGCCAGGGCAGAGCUGUAAGAACCGUGGAAUGCUUCUGGAUAUUUUCUUUAUGUUGCUGUUGGGCUCUGGCAUAGCUUCGUCAUGGUGUCCUAGAGUAACACAUUUAUCAGAAUACACCGGAACUUUCUCAUCUCCCAAUCACAAGGACCUUUAUCCUGACAAUACACAGUGCACAUGGUACAUAACGGCCCCUCAUGCCUCUCUACACGUUAAAAUAUCAUUUGAAAGUUUUCAUUUAGAAGAUUGCAAGAAGUGUAACUGUGAUUCGUUGACAAUUUAUGACGUCACGAAAGACGGGAAGAACGUCACAUUAGGAAAGUAUUGCGGAAAGAAAAGCCCUGGUACUUUUUAUUCAAGUGGACGAUAUAUGWUUGUUACAUUCAAGUCCGAUGAUGGGGAUAGUCGUAGUGGGUUUUUGGCUCAAUAUUCUACAAAUGUACAACGAGGCUCAGUUUGCAGACCAAAUGGUAUGUUACUGACUGCUGCUGGUGGAACCAUAACUUCACCAGACUCACCAAACAGAUAUCCCUCCAGAAGUCAGUGCUCCUGGAUUAUUGAAGCUAAACGCAAAUCUAGAAUUAAAUUUCGAUUUUUAAAUUUUGACAUUGAGAACUGUUCGGCAGCACCUGGUCGCUGUCAGUGUGACUAUGUCGAAGUGCGUGAUGGGAACACGUCUAGCUCUUUUCUAAUUGGUCGAUAUUGUGGAUCUGUGAAUCCACGUGAACUUUAUUCGAGYGGUCGGUAUUUGUGGGUUCGGUUUGUGUCAGACAAUCAGGUCAACAAAAUUGGGUUCGUGGCAGAGUACACGACGAAACAAAAUGAGGAAUGCUCUUGUCCAGCUAAUUGGAAAUACCCCUUUCGAUGUCCAGAGAUGUACUGGCGGAAAAGUAAUAGUUCUUCAUCAGUAUGUUGCUAUGAUAACGGUGCGUCUUGUUGUCAAGCUGGAGGCAAUCAUUGCAAAGACGCGGGAGAAAAUCAAAGAAGCUACUGCCCACGUCCACGUGAUMAUAACAAGAAGAUAAAAUGUUGUGUUGACAACGGGAAGCCUUCGUGUUGCUUUUCAAAUGGAAAUUAUGUACAAAUWAACAGAUUGUUACAAUUACUGGUUCUAGUGUGCUACAGUUUGUCAUGGCUCUUUUAAAUCAUGGAAUGAUGUAAAUUAUUUAUAAAUCUUUUAUAAGUUGAAAAUCAAUUUUUAAAAUUGUAAUGGAUAUUGUAUUUAUCAUAGCUUAGGUUUUCUAACUUAAUAAUUUUAACUAAUUUGAAUGCGAAUUCUGAUGAACUUCAAUUGCGUGCACUUGAAGGCACAUGGUCCACCAACAUUCAACGCGAUCGUGUUUUAKAUUAGAUUUUUCAUAUAKGGAAAAUGAAGUGACUUCAGAUAUCCAUUCKYAAUCCUUUYCUAWCCAUCGUUUUAAAAGUCGAAUCUUCCAGUAUCUCUUUUCGUAUAGUAUAAAGCGAUAAUCAAGUAUAAGUUUUUGUUAUAUUACGAAGUAUUUUUUUUCAAACAUGAGCAAAAAUCGAAAGGGAUGCUGGUGGACCAUGUCCCUUUAACACAUUCUAGAAGUUAUUCUAAUUUUCUUCGCUUUUGCGAAUGUGAUUUUGAAUUGCAUUUUCUGAUCACCAUGAGUUAUAAGCAUUUGAAAUUAAUUGAAAAUGCAAUAGYAGUGACGUCAACAAAGGAAUAUUCCAGUUUUUUUUAUUUCACAAUUGACAGCGUCAUCUUGAAAGCGAGAACAGUAGUUGAGCAUGCAACAUAGGUCCGUGUUAAUAAUUGCCCAUAGAGUUACGUGAAUGAACGGUAUCUAUCACUUCAGGCUCAACUCCUGUCUCGCUUUGAUGCAAAGGCUUGGUUACCUACAUUUUGCAUAUGAAAUCAUACCCUCAAUCGACGUCCUAUUGCUUGCGUUUUCAAUUUUCAAUUUAAMAAAUAGAGGAUAUUACAUGAUCGCGCGGAKAUACGGUUUUUAUCUUCAGAUUUUCAACACGAGAAGAUCAAAUUUGUAUGUCCAAGCGACCAUGUAAUAUUCUAUUUAUCAUA